AAAACAGACGCUAGGGCUAGAAGUACCGCAAAGAAGUUUUUCAGAAUCGAAAGCAUGUGUAAGAUGUAGUUGUUGCCAUUGAUUUCGUUUCCAAGAAACCACGAGGUGCAGAUUGUGCAUGGUGCUGAUUCUGUCUGGUUGCAAUACUAACCGGUGUAAAGCAGGAGUACAUGAUCAGCAUAUUGAUCGAUGGGUACAUAUUUGUUAAACGUGAAAAACUGGAGUUUCAUUCAUGCUGGCAUUCAACGAAAAACAUCACGAGAAGUGAUGAGGUAAAACAACCACGAAGAGGAUAUGGAUAAUCUUCACCUUCACCAGCCGUGUCAUCCACACUUCUUCUAGGACGAAGAAGAAAUGGAUGAAUGUCCUUACAAUAUACAAGGAGAAGUUGUGCAUUUUUUGGCGGUGUGUGCAUGCACUUGAUAGUUGAUACGGCUUCAUAAAUUAAUGUGGAACGCGUUGCGCGUAGGCGUACAACGAUAACCGUUAAUUUGAUGUCUACUAUGAUCUGUAGCGACCUGCUCCUGCUGAAGAUAAUUUAUAUAUAAACUUAGAGAUCUCCUCGGAGCUCGGCGGUGUUGUUUAUGUUUUUUAGCGUAUGCUGUAAGAUGAAGUAGAAGUAGCUCGAAUUCUUUGAUACCUGCAAUGGUCUACUUGGAGAUCGGAAAGAACACAGUUGCCCGGAUGCAGAUGCGUCGUGCGGCGACGGGGCAUAUGCGAGUAAAUGAGCAUGGAGAUGACAACUACUUUGCAGGUAGAUGGCGAGAAUGUGUACUUAGUCGUGGUAUAUAUAUCCUCCAGAACUUGAUCGUUCGUUUAAGGCAUCAUUUUCCUGUACUUGUUCUCCAUGCUUUUCGUUUUCAUCAAUGAAGAACGAUAUACUAAGCCGAGGAGGAGUCACCAGCAAGAAGCAG